UUCGCAUCCACACGACACCUUGUCGUUAAUCUCUGUUCCCUCGUCUUCCGUACCAUCGCCUUCUUUCCAUCUCACAAGUGAUCUACGUCCUGUGCGUACUUCCUCUACAGCUCGAGGUCUUGUCGCUCUCGCUACACGCCCAUCCUUGAACCAUCGCCCCCAGCCGAGGCUGUUAUACGACGUCACCAGGCUGCCAUCUAUCAGACGUUCGACAUGCCUUCAACCACGGGUCCAGUGAACGAGGAUACCCUCAUCACUAUCAAGAUCUCGUUCGACGACUGCACCAAGCGACUGAAGUUGCCGCUCAAGGACCUGGGUGCCAACACUCUUCCUAUCAAGCUCCGCCACCUUCUCUGCAUCGCCCCUGAUCAGGCCGUCACCUUCGAGCGUUAUUCCGACUCGGCCGGUGGCUACGUCGUCCUUGACGACUCCAACCCUGCCGUCUUCAAGACGCUCAUCCGCGCUGCCAAGGCCAAGCUGAAGCUCAAGCUGAGAGUGUCUGCUGCCUCGGAUGACUCAAAGGUUCCUGUUUCUACUCCAGAAUCAUCGGUCGUUCCCUCUUCUUCCGACGUCGCUUCUGCUAGGUCCUCCACUGCUCUGGAUCAACACGCUAUCGGUCCUGGUAUCUUUGAGUUCCGUGAAGCUCUUAGCUCAGAGAAGAAGACGGAAACCGACGCUCCUCUCCCUCGUCCUUUUGACUUCAUCUCAAACAACGCCGUCCUUGGUCCCAAGCAGGUCCUGCCCCUCCGCGUCGCCAAAUCAGUCAGCCAGGUCUCAAGGGGACCAUGGUCUGUCUUCUGCAACGGCUGCGAUAGAAUUAUGCACAACGUCCACUAUCACUGCGGUAUCUGUGACGGCGGUGACUUCGAUCUUUGCGAGACCUGCGUCAAAGAGGGUGCUUCCUGCUCUGGAGAUGGCCACUGGCUAGUCAAGCGCUCCAUUCACCUGGGCGAGCUUGUCAACAGCACCACCGAGCGCUUCGCUCCCAAGCCUAAGCAGUCUACGCCAUCUGCGCCUGCGCCUGCUCCUGCUCCUUCGCCUGCACCAGAAGUCGCCAACGAGAUUCCUGGAGCUUUCACCGAUGAUUUCAAGUCCUUGUCCGACUCGGUCCGCACCUGCAAUUCCUGCGUCGGUACCUUUCCUGACGAGGACUUUGUCACAUGCGUCCAGUGCGACGACUAUGAUCUCUGCUUGAAUUGCCACAUGCUCAACAUGCAUGGCCACCACCCUGGUCAUCACUUGAAGCCUGUUGUCGACGGUGCUGCUCUGUCGCUUGCUCAAGAGGCUCUUCUGCCCGCUGGCCGCAACUUCAGACACACCGCCAUCUGCGACGGUUGUGACAAGAUGAUCCACGGUGUGCGACACAAGUGCUUCGACUGCCCCGACUUUGAUUACUGCAGCGACUGCCACCAGAACGCUCGCCACACUCACCCUCGUCACCGCUUUGCAGCCAUCUAUGAGCACUUCAAGGGCCGUCCCUCCUCGUCUGUCUCUCACCAUGGCAUCUAUUGCGAUGGUCCUCUUUGCAAGGGCAAGCCCCAACAAUUAUACAUCCAUGGUGUCCGAUAUAAGUGUGUUGUCUGCCACGACACGGACUUCUGCCAGAACUGUGAAGCUUUGCCCACUACCUUCCACAACAAGACUCAUCCUCUGGUCAAGUUUAAGACUCCCGUCAACCACUUGACCAUCUCGACUGAGAGCGAGACCAAGCAUGGCGUUCGCAAGCUUGGCGACCGUGAUCUUGCUCGCAACGUUCAUUGUCCUGCCAUUCCUAGGCAGUCUGCCAACGUUACUGCCCCAGUCAAGACUGUGGCUGACAUUAAGCCGUCGCCUCGGGUGGACGAGAAGAAGGCCGAAGAAAAGGAGAUUGAAAAGAAGAAGGUCGAGGCCCCGACGCCAGCCGCUCCUGCCCCCAUGUCCAAGGCCCCUUCUCGUCUGCUCCAGGCAGAAUUCAUUGCGGACCGCGUUCCCGAUGGUACCGUCAUUGCUCCUAAUGCUCGCUUCGUCCAGUCAUGGACUCUUCGCAACCCUGGACCCUACUCUUGGCCCGCUGGGUGCAGUGUUCGCUUCGUCGGUGGUGACAACAUGCUCAACGUUGACAACACUCACGUCGCCUUUUCUGACAUCGCCGACGCCACUGAAAGCAAUGUCGCCGGACGCGAAGUUCUGCCUGGUGAACAGUUCCCCUUUGCUGUGACCAUGAAGGCACCUGCUCGUGAAGGAAAGUGUAUCAGCUACUGGCGUCUCAAGUCUGCCGAUGGCACACCUUUCGGUCACAAGCUCUGGUGCGACAUUGAGAUUAGACUUGCUAAGGAAGCUAUCCCGAUGCCUCGCUCUCCCAUCGCUGUUCAGUCUUUUGCCCAAGCACACAGCUACUAUGCCCUCUACAAGGAGCGCAUGAAUGCGUUGAAGACACACCUUGACCAGACUACCUUGGCGUCUGCUGCUGUUGCCGCCGCAGCCGCCGCAGCCGUUGUGUCGAAUGUGGCUUCGGAAGAGGCCGAGAAGCCUGCCAGUGCUGUCAUUGAGACUCAGACAGUCGAGGUCACCAAGGUCCCCUCCGAGGUCGGAGUCCCUGAAUCAGAUCACGAGGAGGGUGAGUUGAAGGGCAGCCAAAUGGUCUUCCCCACUUUGGACAAGGAGAGCCCUUCUAGUUCGACCUAUGAAUCCUUCAGUGGCUCUGGCAUGAGCAAGAAGGCACGUGAGGAGACAGAGCAGGCUACUCAGACGUCUGAGGUCGCAGACAGCAUCGCAAGUGAUGACGAAGGCUUCGAGGACAUUGGUGAUGACCUUGAAGUUCUCAGCGCCAACGAAGAUGAUGGCGAGAGCGAGGACGACGGUUUCCUCACCGACGACGACUACGACAUCCUCGACGCCAGCGACCAAGAGACCGUGGCAUCGAUGAAGUAAAAUACGCGGUCCACGGUCUAGACUUGGCAGCGACCAGCUCUCGUCACCUAACAUUCUCAACUCCCUGUUUUUUCCUUUGUCUUAUUCGCCGCGAUUGCUGGUACUCUACGGCGAUGAAAUUUGGGAUUUGAUGGACACUCUCUACUUGUUGAAAGGAUCGGAGGGAAGGGCGUAGGGGCAAACAUGGACUUUCCUUCAAUGCAAAUGGUUACCUAGUGCAGG